CUUACUCUGCAGAAUUUUACAGUUUUGCACUUAACAUGACAUUCAAAAAUAAAGGGCUGAUUCUAACACCCUAUAGAGAUAAAGAAAAGAUUGGGAAUUUGAUUUAUCGCACAAACUUUAAAAAGAUAACCCCCGUUUUAUUUUUCAGCUUGGAAUUGAUAGAACUGCCCUCGUCCAAUAACUUUCACAAUGUCUUCGUCUUCGGAGUUCCUGAAAAUUGCCGGCGCAAUUAUGCUUCCCAACUUGGGUGGUUUCGUCAAUGGCCAAAUAACAAGAAAACACAUCGACAAUUGGUAUCGUCAUCUUAACUUUCCCUCUUACCGUCCACCCAACUGGAUCUUUGCUCCAAUGUGGACAUCACUCUACUCUGGAAUGGGAUACGCUUCGUAUUUGGUUUGGCGAGAUGGCGGUGGUUUCGGUGGGGAUGCACAAUUGCCAUUGAUCGCUUAUGGCACUCAAUUGGCUCUGAAUUGGGCAUGGACACCAAUCUUCUUUGGCAAACAGAAAAUGUUGGCAGGUUUGGUUGAUUUGUUAGCAUUGACUGCCACUUCGUCUCUAUGCGGUGUACUCUUCUUUAAGAUCAACAGAGUAGCUGGUUAUAUUUUCAUUCCAUAUGUAGCUUGGUUAAGUUUCGCCUCCUUACUAAACUAUUCAGUUUAUAAGUUAAACUGUGGCGAUAAAGAUAAGAAAGAAAUUGAGGCUGCAACUUUAAAGAAGGAAUAGAUUUCGUUGAAGCUACAAAAAACAUGAAGUAUUGCAUUUUAAGGAAUUUGUUGUGCAUUUAGAUAAUUUUUGUAGUAAAAUGGGUAUUUUUGUGUAAGUUAAAUGUUAAAAUAAAUAAUUUAUAUUUUUCUGGUGCAAAGUUUAAAAACUG